ACUGUUUUUCUUCUUCCAGAUGACUCGCCCCAUCCAGGUGAAGCCAGCUGACAGCGAGAGCCGUGGAGAAGACAGGAAGCUGUUCGUCGGGAUGCUAAACAAACAGCAGACGGAGGAGGACGUGUACCGUCUUUUCGAGCCCUAUGGAGUCAUCGAGGAGUGCACUGUGCUAAGAGGUCCGGAUGGGAAUAGUAAAGGCUGCGCCUUUGUAAAGUUCUCCACACAUGCCGAAGCUCAGUCCGCAAUCAGCGCCCUGCAUGGCAGUCAAACCAUGCCAACUGGCUCCGAUUCUCUCCUCCCUCAGGGUGCGUCGUCCAGCCUGGUGGUCAAGUUUGCCGACACAGACAAGGAACGCACCAUCCGCCGCAUGCAGCAGAUGGUGGGCCAGUUUGGCAUCUUCAACCCUGCCAUCGCCCUGCCCUUCAGCACCUACAGCACCUACGCACACGCGCUGAUGCAGCAGCAGGCGGCCCUCAUGGCUGCCAGUCACGGAGGCUACCUGGCGCCCAGCGUGGCCUUUCCCACCACCCAGAUCCACCAGAUGGGGGCGCUCAACAUCAACAGCCUGCCGCCCACCCCCAUGACCCCGGUGUCGGGUGAGUUUCAUCAGACACUGGCAGGCCUCAGCUCACCGCCUGCCAACAUCACCACAUCAGCCGUCCCCAGCAUUGUCACUCCUAUCGUCAACGGCUUUACCAGCAUCCCUCACCAGCCGAACGGACACCCUGCGGUCGAGGCCGUGUACACCAACGGACUGCCCCCUUACUCCACCCAGAGCCCCACAGCUGCAGACACCCUACAACAGGCCUUCACCGGGGUGCAGCAAUAUACAGCCAUCUACCCAGCGACCACACUGACCCCUAUUGGCCAAAGCUUGCCACAGCCGCCGCAAGUCAUUCAACAGCAGCAGCAGAGAGAAGGACCAGAGGGCUGCAACCUCUUUAUCUACCAUCUACCGCAGGAAUUUGGCGACAAUGAGCUCAUGCAGAUGUUUCUCCCAUUUGGUACAGUCAUCUCCUCCAAGGUCUUCAUGGACAGAGCCACCAACCAGAGCAAAUGUUUUGGUUUCGUUAGCUUCGACAACCCAGCAAGUGCACAGGCUGCUAUUCAGGCCAUGAACGGCUUUCAGAUCGGCAUGAAGAGGUUGAAAGUGCAGUUAAAACGGCCGAAGGAUGCGAGCCGCCCGUACUGACAGGGCCCAACCCAAACAGGGCUCUCAGCAACAGCACAGGAUUUGAAGAGUGAAAUCUCAAAAGGAAUUUAACUUUUUUCUUUCAAAACAAACAAGAACAACACGAAUGGAUUUUUUUGAAGACAUAUCAGCAUUUAUUUUACGAAGAUGUUCGGCGUAGAAGAGGCGGUAUUGAAGGUGAACCGGCACCCGUGGACAAACCACACUCGGCACAGCGCACGAAAGACAAGUGGAAGAUCUCUCUAAAGACAGAGAACUCAACAUGUCCUGUCUCUCGCUGAGCUUCGCACCGUCAGUCAAGCAACAAACAAAAAGAAAAAAAACGAGCGAGAACACCUUCGAUUUCUAUAUACAUAUUAUACACACAUAUGCUAUUUAAAGGAAGAGGCGCUUAUGGCUUUUAUUACACUGGACAAAUGAGGGUUAAACUUGAAGACCAAGGAAAAAUGCAGUGGAAAAAAAAAGAAGCUCUUCUUGUCCCGCUAGUGGACUUUCUUUCUCUUUUCCUCGUACCUUUUCUUCUGUCACCGUCUUUCAGCAAACGCAGGACAUUCUGUGGUCACAGAGGUUUCCAUGCCCUCAGUGAAACUGAUAAAUCUUUCACCCCAAAGGGACCAAAGGACCAAACAUUUUUAUUCCUCAACAGAAAUAUAUGGUAUUAAUAACAAUACUAAUAUUACAAACUACUACUAACGACAUAAGUUUAAAAAAAAAAAAAAAAAAAAAAGCAUAAAUAUUCGCUUCAGGUCGGAAGAGGAAAGGGAUUUUGAUUUCUUUUCCUUUUACAUUUAUAGCUACUGGGUUUCAGAAUAUUUAAACAAAAUAGAAAAAAAAAGAAGAAAAAAAGUAUUUUAAAAGCUAUACUAUUUUAGUGGAGUAGAAUAUGUGGAUUGGAGAUUGUUAGGAGCAUGUUCAGCCAUUUUCAUCCAUGAAGACAAAAAAAAAAAAACAAAAAAAAAAAAACAAAGGGGGAAACUGUCCAUCAUCCAUUCAUGUCAGGAAUAGGCCCAUAUUCCAAAAAACAAAUGCUGAGUAUAACUAUAUAUGCAUGUGCGAAGUGUUGCUGGUUUAGCGAAACCUUGGGUAGAUAUUCAGUACACACAAACAAACAAACAAACAAACGUAUUUACCCGAUGAAAGCUUUACUUAUCGAGCAGAAUAAGUACCUGUGGCUUCAACGCAAACUAUCCGCGAUAUAAACAGCUGUACCAUUGCACAGAUAAAUAAUACGAAAAAUGCAGUUAAUGCUUGACAGGGAUGGGGAAUUAAUUCUUUUUUUCACCACUUUUUCAACUGAAGUGGUUCUAGUUUGAUUUCACCAGGCUGUGCUUCGUGAAGUAACUCUCAACUUUGCAACUUUACAAUUUCAUAUCAUCCAUUUUGCGCAUCUUUCGAGAACAUACUCAUCAAACAGUUGGUGCCAAAUACUGAAUAAUCAACUGAUAAAGCACAUUAAUAAGUAAACCAAGCAGUUACAAAGAGCCUUAAACCCUUACACAGCCCACAAAAUUAGGUUCGUAAUGGACCUACUGAAGGGACAAACUUGUUAUUGCUUACAACUUCUGAAGCACAUCAGAAUUUUACAGGGACCAUCUUGCAGCAUCAAAAUAAUAAUCAAAUUUAGCCUCGGAAACCUGCACAAUCAAUUCCACAUUGACGUUCGCAGAGUUCAUUUCGCUAAUAAAUGAGUUUAAGAUAUAGAGAACGCCGCGGGACGACUCGUUGGAUCUGCGAAUAACCCAUAUUUCUAAGAAUACGCUUCUCAGGCUGGUAUGGAUUAGCUUGACGCUAACUGUCUGCAAAGGUCUAAUGAGCAGCCUGUAAAGAGCUCGCGAACAGCUUGCAAAUAGCAGCCAUGGGGGGUUACAGUUGGAGCAAACUGAUCCAUCAAUAAAAAAGCCACCGAGUCUGACAUUAUGGUGUACUUAACCGCAGCUGUUGCUUUGCUCUCAGACAAGUCACAAAUAUACACAACUCUAAAGCGCUCGACGAGAAUCUUAAAGACCCCGUGAAAUCGAAAUCGCUGAGUUUGUGUGUUAGCUCUAAGGCUAAUGCUAGCUGACAAAACUAGCGCGCAAAAUUUAAAAUGGACCGUUUUCUGGUAAAGCAGACCUAAAAAUUCAACUAAAUUAAGUCUGAAUUGGAUGAAAAAAUUACGUUUUACCAGCAAUAUGCGUUUAAUUUUACAUCUCUAAUUUUUCACUUGGAAAAUGGACCAAAAAUACAGAUUCAUCAUGCGCUACUAAUUUUUUGUCCAAUCAGAUGCUACUCUAAUACUACCUGCAAGUAACUACUCUGCAAGAUGGUUUUGUUAGUUCUUUUUUACUUGUUUUCCAGUAAAAAAAUGUUAUAAAUACAUAUAUAAAAAUAUAUAGAGAUCAAGACCUGUUUUUCAUGAAAUGUAUCUUCAACGUGUAUUUUGUCUCAUCUGAGAUUUAUUUUUAGAUAUUUCAAAUGGAACAUUAGAUGCAGUACUUUCUAAGAGUAGAGUUUUUGCAGUGUAAUAAGUAGCACAUUAUGUAUGUAAUGUAAACCAAAUGCUAUUGGCUAUUUUAAGUAAGUUGACUUCCUGUUUCAAAAGGAAACGCAUCAACGCUAUACUCAUCAAAGGAUUUCACGGGGUCUUGACCUUUUAAAUGGACAGUAUUCUUAAAACGAGUUGUUUUCCUAUGCAUCGGAAGUCGCUGUUUGCCUUUUUCGUACGAUUUCACGUUCCAUCCACGCUGCCGUUACGCUACUCUCACCGUUUGCCAACUCGCCGAUCGCGCACUGCCUUCAUAGAUACGCCAUGACACAGCGACACAGAAGUACAGGAAGUUCAGGUCCUCCCAGAAUUCACAAAUAAACAGAAAUAGAUGCGAAAACAGAGCUCUAGAAUCUAGGUAGGACAGAAAAGCACAUGUUUUGACCUCAUUUGAUUUCCACUGUGGAUAUUUGACCUGUUUGUCUUACCUAAAAAUAUAUCUGUAUGUUAAAUGUUUAAUCUCGCAGCCGUCAGAAAUAAGUUUCGCCGGAAAACAUUAACGUCGCCCGUAUAUCACAGCCAUUUUUUUUAGCCUCAGGUCGCGCCGAAAUGGAUCGCGUUCGAUUCACAGGUUAUAAUGGCCUUUUUCUGCUGAACUCUCUCCAUUUCAUCUUCCCUCUCCUGUCCUGUGGUGGCAUAUCAGAACGUGGUGAUAUACAGACACGCAGCCCUCGGGCAUCGGCGCUCUAAUAACCUCCAUGUUGCAGGGGCCUUCCUCACAGAAUCUCUCCAUGCCAGAUGUGAAUUAUUAAAAUCAAAUUAAAUUUGGCCUGCAUGUAAAAGCAAGUGUAAUACAAAUUAAAAAUGGCAACUAGUGCCUGAAGUUUAAUAAGUUUGAAGGAUGAUAUCAUUACAGCUUGAAAGAAAAAAAAAUGAGAUUGGAAAGGCAUAUAAAAUGAAACUUGAUGUGUUGAAAGGUGAACCGACGGCGUUAAUACAAAUUGCGUUUGCGCCAGAAACCGCGCGGGGUGGAGUUGUGGGACGUUUUGCACUACAGGUAUUUCUGAAGAAACCAGACCACCAGCAUUUCAUACUUGCUUUCUUCUCAUUCACACCGCAUUCACGUUUCGUUCCUCGGAUCUUCAUGCCGAACUUUGAUCUAUGAGCAUGCUCAAGGGGGGAAAGGGUGGGAAAGCUUCUGGGGGUUCAAAUGUUAUAAAGGUACUACUCAUAUUAACAAUAUGAUUCUUUAACUAUGGUUUGUAUGCUAAGGAAAGUAGCUUAUUAUAGAUAUGAAAUCUGUAUAUUAGGGAACAGCAGCACAUUUCUCAGAUUCUAUGGGGAAAGUAGUUGGUGGGAGGGCGGGUUUCGGGGUGGGCCGGGUUUUUUUGCUUUAUAAAGAUCAUGUUAAAGUUCUGGUUUUCUCAGCACAAAGCGUAAGGAAAUAUAUAUCAAGAGUAUUGAUUUUGCUGUGUGAAAUGUGCAGCGGGAGAGCCAGGCACUCCCUGCGCUGUUCUUAAAGCCUGGAUGAGACAAUGCUGUUUACAGUUGUUUUUGGUUUUCUUGUUAAUGUUUGUUGUUUUCUUUUGAUAUUUUCCGAGAAAAGAGGACAAGAGGUGCACCAUCUAUCUCUGCGAUGUGAUUGGUGCGGCAUGACCAACUGAAAUGGGCCAUUUUUUCCGUUUUAUUUAUUUUCCUUUUCUUUCUUUUUUUGAGACAGAGAAGAUAUGUCCAAGAUAAAUGCCUGAGAAACCAAACAUCCUGUUGACAUUUCUCAAAUACUUGCUGCUUACAUUGUUUUACGGUUAUGCCUACUCAUCCAAUGAUUUGCAGAUUUAAUUUAUGGACGUCUUAUUUAAUUAUUUAUUUAUUUAUUUAUUUAUUCCUGACAACAAUCUGUUUAUGAAACGCCUAUUUAUUGGUUACGUUUAGAAAAAUGUAUGCAUCGAAAAGAAACGCUUAAUGGGCUUCUCUCUUUCUCUCUCUUUUUUUCAAUUUUACAAUAAAAUUUUAAAUUUAAA